CCUCGCAAUUCAAAAGUCUCUCUACAGCUAAAGAAUGAGCGUGUUCUUGGGCCAUCGUAGAAACAUAGAUAGGGUCGACGACGGAACGAACAACGAAACUUUACGACAGCUUUUUCGUACACGUUCACUUGCAUCACAUACACAAGUGCUCUCUGAACCGUGCAAUAAGGUUUUUAGCUUAUGCAAUAGAAGGUUUUAGCUUAUUCAAACCUGCUUGCAGAAAUGAAUGGAUUAGAAGGAGGCUGGGUUCGAUUUCCGGGCCGGGCGGGAGGUGAAGGCUAUAAGAGAAGUCCCCGGUAAGGAAGAGAAGAAAAAGGUGUUGUCAUCCUCAAAGCAGAGGAGGAAGGGCAGCUGGUACCACGAACCCUCUGUCCCACACAUCUAUCCAGAAGCAAGUGUAGUUCACCGGUUCCACCGAAUGCUCCUAUCUCUCGUAAAAGAUCGUGUGAGUGUGCAGUUAUGCUUCGGAUGCUUCGCCAUAAUAGAUCAACCCAGUUCCUGUUCUUUUUCGGUGCACUCGCUUUAUAUCUCCGACACACAAGGAGGAAGGACGCGGUGGGAAGAAAGUAGCCCUAGCCUCUGUCCGGCCGAUCAUUCCACUGGCAUCUUGCAUUCACGCCUCUGUUUGACUGCCGCUCGGGGAUGUAGUUGUAGAUACGGGAGUCUUAGUGGGUCGUUGGCUCCACCUGUUAUCUCCUUCUAGGACAUGCUGUUGUCGUCACCAUAUUCCAUAUGUAACUUAGUCAUCUCUGCCUCGCUGCGGGUCAGCACCUCCGAAAGAAACGGAGGACUUCAUUCAGUGACUCCGCGAUCGCCCUCUGAACGAUCAGAAUAAGGCAAAGCUUGAAGAUAAGCUUUGUACUCUAUUAAUUUCUCAGUCCCUCUAGUCGGGUGGG